UUGGAGGAUAAGACUGGCAGAAUGAGUACAGUAUUUGGAAAGAUGGCGUCUGGCAAGAAAGCUGAAAGCGGCAAGCAUGAACAAGGUGUGAAUGGAAGACGAUCAUCAAAGCGCAAUAAGGAAGGCCCCAUAGUGAUGGACACCAAGGCGGUGUUUGCGGCCGUGUAUGACGUGUGUGAGGAGAACGCCGCCUUCUUCUCCUCCAGCCCCAAGGGGGCAGCUGGGGGCGCCGUCCGGCAGCUGGUGGAUGCCAUGACCACCAUCCAGGAGCACGCACGCAGCCUGGAGCCCGUAGUGUCCGGCUUUGCCGCCAUCUACCACCACUUCGACUUCGACCCCCACAUCCCCGCCAACGGCUACCGCUCACUUGUUAAGUUGGUGCGCUGCUGUCUCCUACACAUCGUGCAUAAGGGCCGCUACAUCAGCACCAGCCGGCGGAGCAUCUUCUUCCGGGUGGCGCACAACGCCAGCGAGAUGGAGGCCUACAGCAACGCCCUGUGCCAGCUGCGGGCUCUGCUCUACCUGGCCCAGCGGCUGCUGCACGACAACAGCCACGGCAACCUCUUCUUCCAGGAGGAGAGCGGCCUGAGCCAGAGCUUCAUGCGCGAGUACGCCUCCAUGCACAAGGGCUGCUUCUACGGCCGAUGCCUCGGCUUUCAGUUUACUCCAGCCAUUCGGCCCUACCUCCAGACCAUGGCCAUUGGAUUGGUGGCCUUUUCUGAGAACUACAGAAAGCAUCAGUCUGGCAUAGGUGUUGCUGCCAGUUCAUUGUUUACCUCGGGGAAGUAUGCCAUUGACCCUGAGCUGCGGGGUUCCGAGUAUGAGCGCAUCACACAGAACCUAGACGUGCACUUCUGGAAGUCCUUCUGGAACAUCACUGAGACGGAGAUCCUCGCGAGUCUGGUCAGCAUGACCUCGGUGCAGGUGAAGGUCAACCGCAUGCUGCUGGUGCCUCCGGUGGCCUUUGACCUCCCACUGGCCGCCGACCCCAAGCGCUCCGUCAGCAUCACCCCACCCUCGGCGCACAUUGGCCCAGCCCCUGUCCAGAUGAGGCUCAUCUCCUAUGAGUUGCGGGAAGGACAGGAUAGUGAGGAGUUGCUGGCCAUCUCGCGGUCAGAGGGGGGGGGCCUAUCGUUCGGCAUGAAGUCCAAACGCAGCCCCCCCUCCCCAUGGCUCCUGGUCCACUACCAUGGUGGAGGCUUCGUGGCCCAGACCUCCAAAUCUCAUGAGCCCUACCUGAAGGGCUGGUCUCAGGACCUGGGUGUGCCCAUCCUGUCGGUGGACUACUCCCUGGCCCCCGAGGCUCCCUUCCCUCGGGCCCUGGAGGAGUGCUUCUUCGCCUACUGCUGGGCCCUCAAGAACAGCCACCUCCUGGGUGAGUUGGACGGUGAGAAGGUGUGUCUGGCAGGGGACAGUGCGGGCGGGAACCUGUCCAUUACGGUGUCGAUGCGGGCGGCGUCGCAGGGUGUGCGUAUGCCAGAGGGGCUGGUGGCGGCAUACCCGGCCACGCUACUGACCGCCUACGCCUCGCCCUCACGCCUUCUCACACUCAUGGACCCUCUACUGCCCCUUAGCGUGCUGUCCCGCUGCCUCAGUGCCUACGCAGGCUCUGAGCCGUACGCAGAGAAGCAGGUGGAGAAGGUGAGCACGCUCAGUAUGGUGCGGGAGAGGACACGGCUCUGCUGGCUGCGUGACUUCAAGCAGGGCGCCUCCAACUGGAUCCAGUCCCUGCUCGACCACAAUAGAGCCACUACUGAGGAGGUGAGGAAGAGCGUCUCCGAGGACCUGACCUCUCUUCACUCUGACCCCCCCGUGCCCCCCAACCAGUCGUCGGAGUUCUCCGUGCGCCAGGAGUCCCUCAAGAGCCACACCUGCCAGGACCGCACCCAUACAACUCAACUCAACUCUACCCAGAAUGCACAACUGCUGUCCGAGUGCACGCCUGAGGGCGUCAGCUUCUUCCUGUCCAAGCCGAUGGAUGCCUCGGCGUCCAGCGCCCUCUCCUCGGUGGCCAUACCGCCUAGCACCGAGGACGGCACGGGGGAUACGCGCGAGUUCCCCGUGGGCUUCGAGCCGCUGCGCUCGGAGCAGCUGGCCGAGAUGCCAACCCAGACCUCGCCCCUCGUCAGGAACCCCUACAUGUCACCACUGCUGGCCCCCGACAGCAUGCUCAAGGGCCUGCCGCCCGUCCACAUCGUGGCCUGCGCGUUGGACCCGAUGCUGGACGACUCGGUGAUGUUCGCCAAGCGGCUGCGUGGCGCCGACCAGCCCGUGACGCUGUGCAUCGUGGAUGACCUGCCGCACGGCUUCCUCAGCCUGUCGCAGCUGUCGCGCGAGACCCGCGAAGCCACCAACGUCUGCGCCGAGCGCAUCCGCGAGGUCUUCCAGGGCAAGGACGCCGCGAUAAGCGAUGCCAACACCCACCGCAAGCUGGAGCGCACUGGCCCUGGCACUCAUCACCACCACGGCGGUGGUUGCCGCCGAUGACCACCACGGAAACACUCCCCGGCUCUUUGGCAGCGGCGUGAUCCCCGAGCAGGUGGACGCUCGGACGGAGGAAGGGGCCAAAGUGCCAGAGAAGGAGGAGGAGGGCUUAGCCGGACUGGUGGCGGCCAACAACCCCCGGGGACUCCAGGGAGAUAGGCGUUUGAGGCAGCCAAUGAGACGCCAGCUUUAUUGCAUUUUCCAAAGAAUAAAGAAAAUAAACGGGAGACAGGGUUGAGAGAGGAGGGGGGGGGGGCGGCGGCAGGAGGUUUUGUAGACAAAUAGGAGAAACUUGCUGAGGUCAGUCAAGAAGGGUGAAGAAAGUGAUUGAAGAGGAUGAUGAUGAGCGCCGUGAAGAAAAGGGGGGGGGGGACGAGCAGAGAGGAGCACACUAAAGAAGAAAGAGAGAAAAAAACUCCCUGCUGCUACCUACCAUUGCAGUCACCAGCAACGAUCAGUCACUCCUCCGAGCAGUCGGAACAUUUCCACGUGUACACACACACACCCACACGCGCGCACACACACACAGACCCACAUCUCAUCGAUACACACUCUACCUAUUGCCAUUUUGAGAUGUAUAAUGCUGGUGGUUCAAACUGUGAACUCUUGGGAGCUGUGGGACAGAGCACAUUAGGAUGUCCUUGGAACACUCUCAAGAGUCCCACUGCAGUAGCCGACCACAUAGACAUAGUGAUGCAUAGGAACCUCCUCCUUUGCACUAUGUGUCCCCUCUAACUGCCUUAUAAAAACCUCUUGUGUCCACUACACAAAAAACCUCUUGUGUCCACUACACACUACACAACUUCUAACCCACUGCUUACGUUGGAUUAGAAGUUGGCCUCAUAGAUUUUACACAAAUUGAAGACACUAUUCUGUGUCGGCUGUCUAACUGACUGUCCUGGAUAGGAACCAAGGACGAAAAACUGGUCGAAAGGGUUUGCCAAUACCUGGAAAUGUUUUUAUUUAAAUCAUAUAGACUUAUGUAACUUUUUAUCUUAGGCUGUCUUAUUCAAAGCUGCGUAAUCCUUGGUUUGAGAGCGCAUCUGUUGGCUUGUGAAGAGUAGAUGUGAUGUAGCCAUAGCUGUUUUCCUUCGUCUGCUGUUCCUUUACAGAAGGUUUCUGUUCCUCUGUUGCCUCCUCAAACUGCCUCUGUUCCAGCUGAGGGUUGCUGCAGCGUUGCUGCAGUAGCACUAAUCAGUGGAGUGUAAAGCACCGUCUGUCUUUUUAGGGUCACUGUCCACUUGGAGCCGGUGGUUUGCGAAGCAUUAAUCUCCACCAUCAGAGACCAUUGAUCAUGGGUUCAGCUCAGUCCAGCAGGAGGCUGUCCAAAAAGAAAGGAAAAUUUAGAUUUGUGAUACUGUUGCUUUUCAGAGCUUUUCAGAGCUUUUCCCUACUUCCUGAUGUCAUUUAGUGUUUUUCUUGCUCCUGGAAGACAGCGUGAGUCCUUUGUGGGCGUGCUCCUAGCAGUGAGCUCUUAGCAGUGUGUCUGCCAUGGAGUUGCCAUCGCUGAUUUAUCUCUACAUCAGUGCCGGAGCAGAUGUAUGAUCGUCAACUGGAAGAAAGCUAACAGACUAGCACUAGAACUCAAACUUAGAUGCUCUCUCCUUCCUCUACUCUUCUCUUUGUCUCUCUCUCUCUCUCUCCCUUUCCGUCUGACACUAUCUCAGUCUUCGGUCCUGUAAUGUCAGGAGAGCUGCUGCAUAUUGACCCAUUUCUCCUCCCCGCCCCACAAGCUCCCAACCAGCCCAGCGAGGAAUUAUUUUAAGACUUGGCCUCCAGCAGCAGGCAGACGGCAUCGCGUCAUCAUCACCACAGCGGGCCGCUGACAGGAUGUGACCCGCUGUAGCGAUGUCUGUUGCUGCCCGAGCAGACAACCAAGCCAGUGGCCUUGUAGAUGGCUAGAGGUGUCAUAGCGGGUGGAGAGGUGAGACUGACAGCCCAGCGCCCCCAACAGGAAGGCGGCACUCAGUGCACUUUCAGCCCCUGCGGCCCAUUUAAGUGUCUAGGCUUGGGGUCGACGGGUCUGAAAAUUUUAUUUUAAGGGGCCCAAAAAAUGGCUAGCAGUGACCCCUGUUGAGGGCUAACUGGUGCGAACACCCAGGCCUGUUUACUUUUAGUGCUCUUGGAUGGUGAAGUGAUCACAGAGACUUCUGAUGAGCCAUCGUUUUUAUAUAUAUAUAUAUAUAUGCACGCCGCUGUCCUUUUUGGGGACGUUCAGAGAGGGGAUGGCAAGUCGUCGACACUGACACGAUCAUGACAGCGGAGCCUGGAGGCACAGUUUGACCCCCGUGCAGUUAAUAAAUAAAUAAAACGAAAAACGCCUGACUUCACUAAAAAGCGCUUCGUGGCAGUGGCAGCAGCCGCUAUCAGCGCAGCGCAGGGGCUGCCGUGCUUGUUGAGCGGGUCGGAGAGGGUCAGACCCAGAUACACGCUUAGAGGGGCAGAUCAACCAAAUGCAUUGAACUGCUGGAUGUUAUCGGCUCGGAUGUGUUGGGGGAUUAAAGUCAGAACUCUGAGGAGUGGGGGGGGGGGGGAUAUAUUUUUCUGGGGUGUCUGUGUGUGAUUGGGGGGUGUUUAGAGUCUCUCUUUCUCUCUCCCUCCCUCUCUCUCUCGGAAUGCAAAGUGGCUUCCGUAGAGAGGGCAGCGUUUUUCUUCUUUUUCUCCUGACUCACCUCCUCAGAGUCCCCGUCCUUACUAGGCUGUCUGCUGUUGACGCCACCUCUUUCUCUCAAAUGCUGCGCUAUUUUUCUGAUCACUCCGCACUUUCAUUCAAACUUUGACAGUGACGUGUGUGUGUGUGUGUGUGUGUGUGUGUCAGUCAGUGUCUGCUUGCCUGAGUGUCUGUGUGUGUCCCUGAAUGUUGUUUUCCUUUCUUCAUUUAAACAAGUGUGUCCUUGCCUUUCGUGAAGUGAUGGUAGUUGUCAUAGUCUGUAUUUUUGUAGAGCGCGUGCAGUUGAAUGUCAGACACUAUGUAUGUGCUUAUUUAAAAGUAGAAAAAGACAUUGUACCUCUGUUUUUGGUCUACAUGUACCUCUCCUGUGAUUUUGUGGCUGGUAGUUUGAACUUGUACCACUGGUCCUCAGGCCGAUGACUACAGAAACACACAUCAUACUGGACAUCCCUUUUAGUCACGCAAAGCUGCAGCCGAGGAGUCUACUAUAGUUUUUUAGUGCCACUCUUGUGUUUACUUCUAGUAUUCUUACCCUGUGUAAGCACUAAGAACCAGACUGGAUCUGCUGUGUCUAAGCAUUGUCCUGACUCAAAGUUACUCUGUCUGUUUGCACCUGGAGUAGGCAAUGUGACGUAUAGGCGAGAGUCUGUUCCACUUGCUUAUAUGCAUCAGCACUGCAUCAUAACCACUAAUACAGCUGGUCAAAUUGAACACCCUUUGUGGGUGGCAGAGCACUUUGAUCACUUUGGGUGAUGACCUCCAUAAGCCUGUUGUCCUAAGGAAAACAUGGGUGUCACUAUAAUACAUCUGUCCUUAGCGUCCUGCACUUGUAACACAGUGGUGUGGAGGUUCUGAGUCGUGUUUGUUGGAAGAAGACUAAUGGUGCAGUUAGUCAGUCAGUCUGCAGAAGGCUUUGAACUCAGAGCUGUCUCUCUGGCCUUGACUGCUGAACUAAACUUCCAAACAUCAUAAAUGGCCACUUCCCUUUAAGGUGGCUACUGAUUGGUAAUUGGUCCAUUCCUAAUUCAUGGCUCAGAGAUCUUGUGUCAAAUGUUUUUUUCUUGAACAGUUUCGUAGUAUUAUUUGUUUAAUCAGUCCUUAGUCAUGGACUAUUUUCAGUAAUGAGAUGAGAUGUAGGCUAGAUGCAGUUCGCUUUGAGUUCUGCUUGUGUAGUGUUGUUAUGCUGUUACAGUGCUGGAUUUGAGUUGGGAUAAAGUUGUAGUCUCAACCAUAAACAUGCAAGCCAUACUAAGACUGAAUGCUGUAUAAAAUGGCUUAUUUUCUUUUUAAUAAAAAUGUAUUUUAUGAGUUGAAAUAUACCACAAGUGCAACCAUGUGUACAUGAAAGAAAGAAUGAAUAUAUAUAUUCUUUAUUAUUUUAUUUUUAGCUUCAUAUUAUUAUAUCCCUAUAUGGAUCAAUUUAACAAAUCAUGCAGUAACUAAGCAAUAAUGAUCAUGGUGUGCAACUGCAAAAUAUAAUAAAUAUUCAAAAUGACUAUUUUCAGGAAUAUGUUUUUCCUUGUGUUGAUUUUUAUCUGAAUAAAUAUUCUUCAAACAAAUA